AUGGCAAGUGCGGAAAGGCGCACGAGAUCGUUCCUCGUGAACGAUAUUUCUGCUUUAAAGUUGUUUGAUUCGGGGGCUACCCGAUCCUUUGUAUCGCUUGUGCUUAGCAAUAGGUUUGCUGGAGCUCUGGGGGAGCUGGAUUGUCCAUUAGAUGUCAAGAUCGCAGACGAUAGAUGUGUUCGGGUUGCGAGGGUUCAUCGGGGUUGUACUCUUCAGUUGUUCAGUGAGGAGUAUUUGAUUGAUUUGGUUUCUAUUCCUUUACAUGGAAACAAGGUUAUUAUGGGUAUGGAUUGGCUGAGCCCCAAUGGGGCGGUGAUCGAUUAUGAGAAACAGUUAGUCCGGAUUCGAACGCCAAGUGGGGGAGAGUUGGAUAAGGGUAAGGCGAACGUGGAUGAUGUGCCGAUUGUACGGGAUUAUCCCGAUGUGUUUCCAGAGGAUUUGUCUGGGGUGCCUUCGGAGAGGCAGGUUGAGUUCAGGAUUGAUCUGGUUCCAGGUGCGACUCUUAUAGCCAAUGCACCAUAUCAGUUGGCUCCUCCUGAGAUGCAGGAGUUGUCUACAUAA